AUGGAUGAAGCCCAAACCAUCCUAUAUCUCAGACCUCAAUCGCCUAGAUCUAUUGAAGCAAUGGAUCUAAUCGAUAAUAAACUUUGCCUAUUUGAAUUGGAUCCACCUCCCAAAUCUUUUGACGAACGCCUGGAAGUUACAUCGAAUCACGAAAAUGAACAAGAGGAAAAUGACGGGUCUCGUGAAAGCAGCCCUGACCGAAGGGUUCUUCGACUCACAUUUGAUUCUUCGAAAAAACCCUCUCCCAGAGGAUUCGAAAUUGGGUGCGAAAGCAGCUCCGAUGUCAAAGUGCCGUCUUGCAGCAGUCAACCCAAGGCCCACUUUACAAUUCGUUAUAAUUUCUCCAGCGGCGCGCUAUUAGUUACAGCCUUGGGGGAUUUUAUGAAAGUUGGCAAGACUGGUUUGAAAAAGGAUAGCUCCUUAGUUCUCCAACAGGUCGAGUUUCCAAACCUCAAAGCUUGCGCCGAACAGCACCAGCGGAACUAUGAAACAUAUGCCGCAAAUGCCGGAAUUAUUGGAGCUGUGUAUCUGCAAACUUCUCAAGAGAAAAGAUCAAAGAUUGGCGAGAGACACAGAAGCGUCAAUAUCCUCGGUAAUGGUAGCUUUGCUGUGGUUCACAGAGCACUGCAUAUUGAUACAGCAGACUUGUUCGCUAUCAAGGUUAUUCACUCGCCAAGCAAAGAUGAAGAAGAAUGUAUCAGAGAGAUCAAGAUAAUGAAAUCUCUUCAACAUGAACGCAUCAUCAGAUUUGUGGAUGCCUUUUGA